GGCAUGAUGUCGGUUGGUGCGAGGGUGAACGGUUUUGGAUCGUUAAGGUUAAGGGUUGUUGGCUGUCCCGCCGAAACCCCACCGAUAAAGUUGGUUGAAGAUGAAAACCAACAACAACAGCAACAAAAAUGCACACAUACAAAAAAAUAAACAUUUGUUCGACAUUGGGUAAAGUGGCUGGGAAAAGUGUCAUCAAACACACGUGCCACAGUUCCGGAUUGGGUGCGUUGUAGCGAAUGGAAAUGUGGCAUUGAAAGGAGUGGUCUGAAAUUAUGAGGAUAUUGUGUAAUCAUAAAGCAACUCUAACUAGGGAAACGGACCGAAGCGUUUGUUGUUAAAAUUAUUGUAGUGUUUAUGAACACAAUGCGAAAGGUGUUGGAACAAACUUUUGUGCAAACAUUUUCAACUUCUGAAUACGAAUUUUCUCUCCCGGUAGAAUAAUCAUCAAAGUUUCAUACAUUUCACAAUUUCCUAUUAAACUACUGUCUGGGAACAACUCCUCUUUAUUGUUCAUUCAUGAUCAACUUUUCUAUAUUUUGUAAAAAGCAAAAAUAAAGCCCAAUUCUUAUUCAAAUCUCGUUCUUGAAAGCUUCCACACAAAGCAUUUUCCAAUGUGAAACCGUUUUUCAAAAACCCAACUUAUCUGACUUGCUGAACUGCUGACGACGAUAUUGCUGGCGGGUUAUCACCACCCAUCGGUCCCGCAUCCGAACACCCGAAAGCGCGACUGAACGCACGGCUCAUGAUGUUCCUUCCCCAAGAUAAAUAGCUACUUGCCUAAUCAGAACGCGUCCUACGCAAACAAAACUUGCAAACACUAGAAAACUCAGGAUACAAAGCUAAAUAUUCAUUCGCAUCCUGUGUAAACCGAGCUGGAUUUGCUCGAGAACCAUUAUGCCUUUAACGUAAUUGAAAUAUUCGUUCCCUGCUACCUUGGUCGAUGAAUUUUCUGCAAAACACGACGUUUAAACUACGGUACGGGAGAUCAACGUUUUUGGGGUGAAGAUUAAUUUUCAUGUGCUUCACCUCACAGGAAGUCGAAUGGGAAUGUUUUCAAACCAAAUCUUGCAUUUGUGUGUGCAAAAAGGACUGAGGAGAAAUAGCGAACAAAUUUUUAGCUUAGUGUCGCUUAGGAAAAUCUUCCUAAAGCUUCACGCUACAAAAGCAUCCCCUCGAUUAUAAUGAACGGCGUGUGUGAGCCGUCCGGAACCCGAAGGGAUUUAGCUUCAUGACGCAGCAAGAGGGUCGAGCGAAUUUUGUUGACAUAAAUUAGCGAUAACAUGUUCGUCCGACAAAACGCUGUCAUUUCGGCUCGACAAACAAGCCAAACAAACACAAGUUUGCUGUGCUGUGGAUCGGGGUAUUUGCUGCCUAUCAUCGUAACACCCAGGAAGGUGACAACCAUCGAUGGGAUCGUCGACCGAACAGCCAGCACACGACACAAAAGCUUGUGCAAAUACGACAAAUGGGGUGAAACGGAGCAAGAAUUCUACUGCCGUUUACCCGUUGUCCUGAACCGUUGCAGUCCGGUAAUUGUGUCUUUUUCUCGUUUCAUGCUUUCAAAGACAUUUCGAUGCACCUUCCGUGUAGGGACAGCAUGAUCAAAACAACCACACUCGAUUGAUAAUUAAUUGCGUGUAAAAUAACUUCCGGUGUACAAAAUCGAUUUUAGUUAUUUUAACAAAGCACUGGGCGCCUCCAUCCUUAUGUGUCAUACUAAAACAUUGGAUAAAACCUCUAACACCUAAAUAUUUCGUACGUAUUUUUCUAGAAAUUAAAAAGUUGAAGAAAAGAGACAAUUUUUUUGAACACCCAAAUAAAAGUCAAAUUUAUCUCAAAUUUAAAUAAAUUUAAUAUACUAUAUAUGUACUUACAUUCCAGAAUGGAGCCGCCCGGUGGUUUAUAUGAUAAACGGUGCGACAGAAACGGGUAUCAAAUCCCAUCCUGAUUCAAGGGCUGACUAUCCAGUAAAUAUAAGUCUAAUAAGCCAGAAAUGGUCGACAUGAUCUUAGGGUCCCUUAAGCCAAGAAGAGAGAGUGCGAGAGAGAGAGAGAGAGAGAGAGAGAGAGAGAUUCAAGAAUUUUCCAAUAUUUUUCUCAUCCUUUGCUGAACCGAUCUGUAGUCUUUUAAUAACUUUUUUUUAAAACUCUAACUAAAAGUUUUUGUUAAAUUAACAGAUGAAGAAUAAAUUUUCUAUGAUUUGAUUCACACAAAUCAAUAAAAUGAUUCACCUUUACAAAAUAAUCAAAAGGAAGCAUAGCAUUUAAAGGUUUUCCGUUGAACCCAAAAACAUUGACUGAAUGCUCAAAACCGAAACGAAAUCAAACAUUAUAACGCCCUUUACUGUUAUGCUGUAAUUGGCUUCGUCUGUAACAUCAUUCAACCAUAUGACGCACAUCGAAGCGCAAUCGUUACCAGCCGGGCAAGGCAAUUAACUUUCCAACUGCUCAAACCCGGAUGAUUUUGUCGCUCAAACUCGCGACUGUCACUCUCUGGUGGGCAGAAGGUCAACGUGAACGGAAAAGUUUUAAUUUCCUCUGCCUAAUCAUCUGCCACCGGUCUCAGAUCCACCCGAUGGACGGGGUUACAGUAAUCCAAUCGCAACUUUGCUCAAAGUCAAAAGUUACCCGGAAUUACUGUAACUUUUCCCACCUCCACUAUUACCGGUGACCUGGGUUCAUGGGUUUUUUUUGGGGGUUGAAUUGAAAAUUAAUUCUUCGUUCAAAUAUUGGCUGAAAACGUGCCAAGUUGGUCAUUCCUUCUUUACCGUCAAGAGAGAUCGGAUCGCAAGAUCUUUUCUGUCAUCUCGUGAUCAUAUCUUUCGAUCGUUCACAAUGUCUGCCUUAGUGAGUUUAGUCAAACAGCACAUACAGCGCGUCACCGAUGCUGGUCAGCUCGUAAUCAUUAACGGUAUGGAUCGUUUCAUUGGCUUCUUCUCGUGGGACGUACAACAACGCAUUACCUGGCUCAAGCUCGUACUGAUAGUGUUUGCGGUCGCAUACGAAAUCACAGCCAUCGUGGCGAUGGCACUAGCCUCCAUGAGAGGAAUGUUUACGGAGCGUAGCUUUACGAUGAGUUUCGUCACCAUGACCGGAGCCAUGUGUAUCGUGAUUUGGGUCUCGCUGGCAGUGUUUCGUCGAGAUCUUACCGCCACGGUGGCAUUUCUUCAGCAGCGUCAACGUACCAUCCACAACGAGAAAGCACCGCGGAAAGCUCUGCUCGAUCGAGUCACUCGCUAUCUGUGGCUGUUCUAUCUGCAGAACAUUGCGCAGGUAUUUUUCUGGAUCAAUCUACUGCGUGACUGUAGCCCACUGGCAGUGUUUGAGCUCCCCUUGCUAGACAGUGCGAAUGUGUUGCUGUAUCCCGUGGCCAUGACACUCAUGUCGCUUAUGUUCAUCCAUACGAUCAUGAUCGUAUCUACGCUGCUGAGUGGUCUUACGCUCGAGUUCUACUGGCUCGGGCAAGAGUUUGAGAAGGUGUUUGGUGAAUGUAGCACGAUCGCUGCUAUCUACCACCAGCGUUACUGGGACGCACUGGAACGAAAAAUUCGAACAUGCGUUACGGAGCACCAACUACUGCUGGCCCAAAUAAGCACGCUGCGUAACAAUUUAAAGCUAUAUUUGCUGCUAAAUUUGGUUGCCGAUUUUACACUCAUUACCUUCGCCGGCUGCCAGAUGGUGAUGUCCAACGAAGGUGAUCAACACUUGUAUAGCAUACUGGCCGCUCUUACUGCGUGUUUGAACAUGUUGAACUUUGGAGGAUUGUGCGAUUUACUCAAGAUACAGGUCAGUUCUCGGGAUCGUGCAAAACAGACGAAGGAUUUUAAUCAACAUCCCACAACACACAAACACACACGUAUCUUACAGGUUCAUGCCAUCAAGUUUCAUCUGUACAGCUCCCAGUGGACAGAUUACUUGCGACCAGUUUCGGGACCACUUUAUCAACGUUGCCGCCGGAUCCGGUCCAGCAUGCUGGUCGUGAUGACGCGGGCCGAGCACGAACUGCGCAUUAGUUGCGGAAGCGUCUACGAUAUGUCGCUUGCCACUUGCUGGGCUGUGUUGCAGUUCAGCUACUCCGUGUUUACACUGCUGCUGAGCUUCUUCGAAAACACACCGAGAAGCCAAUGAAACACUGUUGCCCUUUUUU